AUGGAUCUAAUGAUUCAAGGCGUCCCCAUUCACUUUCCAUAUAAACCAUAUGGUUGCCAACUGUCAAUGCUCAACCGUGUAGUUUCUUCACUUAACAAUAAACAGGGAUGUCUUUUGGAAUCCCCUACUGGCACUGGCAAAACUCUAGCAUUGUUAUGUGCAUCUCUUGGUUGGUUAGAACAUCAACGAAACUUUGGUAUGAAGGUCGAAGAACCUGUCUCGCGAAGAGAAGUUGAACAUCUCAAGUACUGCGAGUUGUCUACUGCUUCUCAGAAAACUGAAGAUGAUGAGGAUUUUGGCGAAUUUAUUGAGGACAAAAGUAAUAAAGUUGUUGCCACUUGUACAUGUGGUGCCGCUGAAGCAGACGCUAAUGGUGAUGAUGCACAUAUAAUCACAGAAAAGGCGGCUGUACCGCGAAUAAUAUAUGCAACCAGAACUCAUAAACAGAUUUCUCAAGUUAUUCGCGAGCUUCGGAAAACGAAAUAUGCCAAUGUCGAAAUGUGCAUUCUAAGUAGUAGAAAGCACUCUUGUAUUAACCCAGAAGUUCGCAAACAGUCGAAUGCAAAUGACGCUUGUCAGAACCUGAAAGGAAAUUGUCCCUUUGAUUUAGCACGAAGUAAACAGAAUUUGGGACGACAUAUCAAAGCUCUGAAUAAGAAUGGACCCUGGGAUUUGGAAGACUAUGUUGAAGCAAUGUCAAAGGUUCCUACCUGCCCCUAUUUUCUUGCUUUUAAAAUUCUGGAACGCGCGAGCCUCUGCUUCUGUCCUUAUAAUUAUCUUCUCGACCCGGUUUUCCGCGAAACGGUGGCCAGUGAAAUCGCCAACAGUGUUAUAAUAAUCGACGAGGCGCAUAACAUUGAAGACGCGGCUCGUUCAGCUACUUCGGUUACUUUCCUCGAACGUGACGUGUUGGCUGCCUCAGAUGAUCUCAAAAGAUACCUUGCUCUCCUUGAAUCCGAUGCGUCUGGCAGUGCAGCUAUUUCACUCACUGUGAAGGAUGUGAAGGCUCUGAUUGCUCUCCUAGCUUCGAUACAUCAAGUCAUGUUGCUCACAAGAACUAGACUUGUUGUGGCUGGUACUUAUGCUACCUCGGCGCAAGUCUGGUCCGGAAAGGAGCUUGAAGGUCUGUUGUCUACAGUUGGUUUGGGUGUGGAUCGAUUUGAGUCUGUGAGGGCAGGUUUCAAUCGCUUGAGUGUAACAAUUCAGAAGGAAGCGGCAAUUAAUCGGGAUUCUACCGGUCGAAACGAGGCCUCAACUUCUCCCAGUUCCCUCACCGUUCGACUCUUCACCUACAUCUUCACCAUGCUCAAAUUUAUGUACAAUGACAACAUGCAUCGCAUGCAAGACUAUCGGGCUGUGCUUAUGGAAGUCAUUGAUUUCGAGAAACAACCUCUCAAAGAGGAUCUCAACGAUUCUAAUACUCAUGGGAAUAAAUGGUUCAGCAAAACUCAGACUCGAAAUUCUCGUCUGGUUGAGCGAAAAAGUUUAAGUCUCAACUUUUGGUGUCUCUCUCCGGCUGUCUGCAUGAGAAGUAUAGCUGAAAAUGCCUACAGUCUCAUUCUGGCUAGUGGGACCUUGGCACCACUGGGUGCUUUAGUGGCCGAACUUCAACUGCAAUUUCCUGUCCGUCUUGAGGCGGGGCAUGUGGUGCCUACUCAACGCGUCCUAGCAGCUUGUGUUGCACGCGGUCCAAAUGGAACUCGACUGUGCGCUACGUAUGCUAAUCAGAAUGCUUUCGUAUUUCAAGAUGAUGUGGGCUCUCUGCUUCUGGAGUCGUCAAAAUGUGUUCCCGGAGGAGUGUUGUGUUUCUUCCCGUCCUAUGGGUUGAUGGAGAAGAUGAUAGCAAGAUGGGAAACAACCGGCAUGUUAGCCAAGCUAUCGCAAGUCAAGCACGUGCUUCAGGAACCGCGGUCAUCGGAAAAAUUCGACGAAUGGGUGUCCGAUUUCCAGGAAGCUGUUGAUUCUACGCGUGGAGCAUGUGAAGGCGAGGUGACAGGAGCCCUGGCACUGGCUGUCUGUCGAGGGAAAAUUAGUGAAGGAUUGGAUUUCGCAGACGACUAUGGUCGAUUGGUUGUGGCCAUUGGAAUUCCCUUUCCUGCGUACAAAGAUCCACAGAUUGAACAAAAACGAGCUUUCAAUGAUGCUCUUCGACUAGCUGGGCCUUCUCAACAGAGUUCUUCGGUUCAAUCGUUCACUGCUAAGCCAAUGAAACGUCCUGGUGAUGAACAUUCCGGCGGUUUGGAAAAGCCCUCCAAGAUGAUGCAUGUGUCGGGUUCUCUUCGCAAUAAGGCCUUUCCAAAUAAACUCAAUCCACCGACACCCCUCAGAGCAGCUCUAGCAAGUAUUAAAGGCGAAUCUCUACAAAAAUCCAUUCCUAAACAAGUCGAAACUUCUUCUGGUUUGGACUCUUCUCAAGCGAGCUCGAGCGAGUUAAGUAUUCCCGAUUCAUCAAGAGUUCUUUCAGGCUCUGAGUGGUAUGAGGCACAAGCCUAUAGGGCCCUGAAUCAGGCACUGGGCCGAUGUAUUCGACAUCAGCAUGACUGGGGUGCUAUAAUCCUGGCUGAAGCAAGAUUUGUGGAACAGCCAAGACGGUAUUUGCCCGGAAUAUCCCGAUGGCUUCGAAAUCAAUUUGUUCCUCAUGAGAAGUGGUCUGGGUUGCUGAUGGACUUGAAAGAAUUUGUUGAGCGGAUGACCCGGACUUCUGAGCUCUCCUCUAGUUUUGUAUAA